GGCAGUAUAAAUUGGUUGCCUCCAUUUCAGGCAAACAUGCUACUCAGGUAGCCAUCGACACAAUCAGUUCUCGCACGCUCAGUUUAGAGACUGCAAACUUUCGCAGCGACAGCAACCAAGAAUGGUUCCAAAUACAGUUCGUGUAGCAGUAGGAAUCCUAGGAAAUGCUGCUUCCAUGCUCCUCUACGCAGCCCCUAUAUUGACGUUCAGAAGGGUGAUAAAGAAGGGCAACGUGGAGGAAUUCUCAUGCGUGCCAUACAUCCUAGCUCUGUUCAACUGCCUCCUAUACACCUGGUACGGGCUCCCAGUAGUGAGCUCCGGAUGGGAGAACCUUCCCGUCGCUACCAUCAACGGACUGGGCAUCCUGCUAGAGAUCACAUUCAUCGGCAUAUACAUAUGGUUUGCUCCAGCAGAGAAGAAGAGGUUUGCCUUGCAGCUUGUGCUUCCUGUCCUGGCGUUGUUCGCCUUGACAGCGGCUUUGUCGAGCUUUAUGGCGCAUACGCACCACAUGCGCAAGGUUUUUGUGGGGAGUGUUGGUCUGGUGGCUUCCAUAUCCAUGUACAGCUCUCCAAUGGUGGCUGCUAAGCGAGUCAUAGAGACGAAAAGCGUGGAGUUCAUGCCGUUCUACUUGUCGCUGUUCUCCUUCCUGUCCAGCGCUCUCUGGAUGAUAUACGGGCUCCUCGGGAGGGACUUUUUCAUCGCGUCGCCAAACUUCAUCGGCGUUCCGAUGGGCAUGCUUCAGCUGCUGCUGUACUGCAUCUACAGGAGAGACCACGGGGCAGCAGCCGAAGCAGAGGUGCGUGUGCAUGGCGCCGCCGCUGAUGAGGAGAAGGGCCUGAAAGCAGCGGUGCCGAUGGCCGUGCUGGUGCAGCCGCAGGAGACAACUGAUGCAAGCAAGUAGGGUCAAUCAAAAUGUCUGAAAUCAAAAUCACCUGUGACUUUCUUUACCUCAGUCUGCGGCCCAGCCCAACGGCCCAAGCCAACACCUCACUGGACUUCCCGUCUCCAAGGCGAAUUAAUAGAAAGUAGGGCUCAUGGGCUGUACGGCCACGCAGCAGGGACCCUCCAUGCUGUAAUGUCACAAAUGCCCAGGGAAUAGCUACUAGGAAAAAUUCCGGCCAGGUUUGGUAAUUUAUACAAAGCUUUUAUUUA